AUGCCGCAGCUUGAGAUCACGGUUCCCCUCUCAGAUCCCAGUGAAUCAUUAGAUGACCUCCGCCAGGAUGACGACCUGGACGCGUCGCCAGCGCGCGGCAUCGCGCGGUCGGAUCCCACACCUUCGCCAUUCGGCCCGCGGGGGGGCAUUUCCCCGGAACUCGAACAGCCAGCCGCCCACCGAGACCACUCGGUCCGAACGUUGGAGUUUCCGGAGCUCCCCUUCCGCGAGCUGGAUGUCUUUGCCUACUGCUGGCACAGGCUGAAGAAUGACACCGCCAGCUUGAUCUACGAGAUGAACCAGCCCUUCGUCCGGAAGUUCGGGCCUGGUAACUUUGACAUCGACAUCCGUUGUGACAUCUUCUUGCGCUUUUACAACCGCCGCUUGGAGAAGGACUUCCGGCGUUUCUUCCAUGCAUAUGAUCACUCCUCCCUCAUGCGCGUCAUCUGCAUGGACUUCCUCUUGUCCUCCAUGCAGAUGAUCAUCUUUUUCUCCCUCAAUGACUACCGGGACAAUGACAAUCGGAGAUACUUCUCCCUUGUGGCCGGCGGCGGCCUGGUCAUCUACAUGAUCUUGGAAAGCCUGAUCUUGGUCUUCCUCAUGCUCAACCGGUCUAGCCGUUGUGUCACCCUGGCCAAGUGGCUCUUUGCGAUGCUGCUCUUCAUGUACCCCUGGAUCUUCAUCCUUGGCCAUGUCAUUGCCCCCCGGCGGAAGAGCUACAGCCAGGCAUACCUGAAGUUUAAUUCGGCCAUGAUGAUCGUCAUUCCCAUGAUCAUGAUCCUGUCACGCUUGCAAAUCCGCAGUGCCCUGCUUGUCAACCUGGUCAACAUCUUGCUGAAUGAAAUUGUCCUGAUCGUCUUCUACUGCAUCAAUUACAAGGACCUAAAGGUCUUUGGCAAGUGGCCCUUCCUGCUGCUGUCGCCGCUGUUGUACCUAUUGUCGCUGAUGGUGUCGGCCCUGAUUGCCCUGCGCCGAGAGUACCACUCGCGGACCUUCUUCCUGCAGACGCACAUCCUCUAUCGUAACAAGGAGCAGCUGGACCUGGCCCAGUCCACGGCCAACAUCAUCCUGCGAUCGAUCAUGCCCCGCAGCGUGAUGAAGAAGUUCCGCUUCGAGCAGCGCAUCACCAUGAAAAACCACCAAGUCCCGAGCAUCCUGGAAAGCCACGCCAAUGUGACCAUCCUGUGUAGUGACAUUGCCGGCUUCACGGCAUUCAGCUCGGCCAUCAGCCCGGAGGAGCUGGUCGAGACACUGUCGCUGGUGUUUGUCUGCUUCGACAGCCUGGCCCACGCGUACAAAGUGGAAAAGAUCAAGACCAUGGGCGACUCGUAUAUUGCCUGCUGCGGGGCGCCGCAAUAUGAGCCGCUGCAUGCCCUGCGCGUGUGCAUCCUUGGCUUGUCGAUGCGCGAUGCCAUUCGCGAGUUCGACAUCAAGGCCAAUGUGCCCACCAGCGUCGGCCUCAUGGGGCCCAUGUACAGCGGGUACUUCCAGCCACUGCAGAUGCGCAUCGGCGUGCACACCGGUUCCGUGACCGCCGGGCUGGUGGGGCUCCGGUGCAUGCGGUAUGACCUCUAUUCGUCCGACGUGCAGAUUGCCACGGCCAUCGAGGAAACCGGCGCCAAGGACAUCCCGCACAUAUCCAUCAAGACCUACCUUGCCCUGGGCGAGCAGGCCGAGGACUUCAUCUUCGAGCGGUCCCUGGUCCGGGGCGUGUACCACCAUAUGAUUGCCGGCCGGACCGACACCAUGUGCCUCAUCCGCCUGCGCUCUCUGGGCGAGGGGGUCGGCCCGGCUGGCGGGCUGUCAGCCACCACGCAAAAGGUAAUUAGCUUUGCCGAGCGCCGGUUGAGGCGCUUCACCAGUGCCGUAGACCCCCUCGGACCGUCCAGCCGGACCUUCUCCCGGAGCAAUGACAGCCAGCCGUGCGAUUUCAAUCCGUUCAAGGUCGAGAUGAAUGCCCACCCCCCGACGGCCAGCAUGCCGAAUGGCAGUCACACAUCGGCCGGGCCGAGCACCGAGGAGCACAUCGCGUCCCCUGGCUGCCCGGCCAACAGCCGGCAGGAGCAUUGCUACAGGUUCCGGGCCGAGUCCAUCGCGCGGUGUGUGGCCCGGGUGUACGCCUCGCGGUGUAACAACAGCCAAGUGCGCAAUGAUGGCGAUGGGCUGCUGCUGCGUGUGUCGAAAUCCUCGCCCGCCGUGCUGGGAUCGGUGCCGGCCCUGCACCGGUCGACUUCGCCACGCACCGUCGGUAUCCAGGACGAAAAUGUCCUUGUGGCCGGGGCCAAGCUCAGCCGCCUGACACAGGCCACCCUGCCGAAGAAGGCCAACCACAUGAAGGCCAUCACCGGGCCGGUGGAGAUGCUGCCGCUGCGGCCGCGCCGAGCUUCGCUGGCCGGCGGCCAUGUGGGCCAAAUUGCCGGCCUGCAAUUCCCCCUGCCCGGGGUCGGGGUUCCGCGGGUGGAUCCCGCCUGGCCGGGGGCCGAGUCGGAUGCCCCCGGGGCCGAGGGCGCCAGCGGCCCAUCCCCCGACCGGGCGGAUGUCCCGCGGCUGGUGGCCUCGUCGGUGCCGCCGCGCGAGGUCGGCGACGAGGAGUACAUGCCGGCCGGCCGGCCGCCCAUGUCGGCCCCCCCGCGGGCCAUGGACCCCAAGCCGCCGAGCAUGGUCAACCGCUUCCUCGGGGAGAUCACCGAAUCGCUGUCCGGCAUCUUGGGCUCCUUCCGGGGGUAUGCCGCGGCUCGGACGCCGACCUUCGAGCCGCGCGAGCCGGAGCCGCCCCCGCGGCCGCCGGCCGAGGGCGGGGUUCCGCGACCGCGGCCCGGGCCCGGCGCCGGCCCCACGGCGCGCGACAUGCCAUCGCCGGAGCAGUACCAUCUCAGUGUGUCGGUCUUCGAUGACCUUGACCGGGGGGCCCUGCGGGACACCCGUUCCACGGGCAUGCUCAGUCGCGGGGCCGAUGUGCUGGUGAUGAAGGACACCACCGACCUGCCGCCCGAGGAGCUGACUCUGCAUCCGAUCGCCAUGCAGCGCAUGCACCCAUCGGUGCCGUUGAGCCAGUCGAUUGGCCACCUCCGGGACUCCUGGGCGCCUGGGAAGCCGCCCGGAAAAGCGCCUCCCCCCGCCGAGGUGGCUGCCCCCGUGUCGGAUGCCCGCGCCUCGGCCGUGCCGUCCACCGACACGGACCCCAUGACCCCGGGGCGGGUGGCUCGGUGGCUGGGAAUAGCUCGGUGGCCCGCGAAGCGCCGAUCGGCGGCCGACAUGUCGCCGGCCGCGACCGCCGCCGCCCCGCAGCCGGUCACUCGGCGCCCGAGUGAAACGCCCAGCCCCCUGCUCAGCCUCCAGACGGCCGCCGGGGCCGUGAACGGAGACGUGCCCAUGUCACAUCCCUCCAGCCCGCAGGCCGGUCGGCCGAAGGACAACCUCUUCCCGGAUGAGGCCUUCGAGACGAUCAACACAUGCGGGGCCCCGAGCUGGCGACGGGUUUUUCACAUUCACCACGGCGAGGCCCAUCGCCAGGGGCAGGACCAGACGCCCGAGGAAACCCCGGACGAGAGGACCAUCCGCCAUUUGUCCGGCAGCCAGCUCAUCUAUGGCAUGCAUCGGAUGCUGAAUUACACCGGGCAAUUCCGGUCGAAGCUCAUCGAGCGUCGGUUUCGUGGCGACCGGGUGGUCAUCGAGCAUAACCACUAUCUCCGGUCGAUCGGGUGCUGUGUCUUCAUGGGGGUGGUCAUUAUUGGGGUCCUGGCCGGAGCGGUCAACAUGCCGGUCUGGACCCUGGUGCUGCACAUUGUAGCCGUGGCCUUGAUCUUCGUGCUGCUGGUGGUGGUCAUGCUGCGCAAUUGCAUCAAGUUUCUCCGCGUGGACGAGCACAUCUUCGCCAUCGCCACCUGCCUGCUCCUUGCGGUUCUCGGUGUCUUUGAUGUGGGCUACAUUCCGCGCUCGGUCAUGGAAGAUGCCUAUGUCCCCAAGACCCCGAGUGUCUAUGUCGGGGCAACCUUCACCAUCACCCAGCUGGCCUUCUGUCUCUUCUUCUAUUCGAACGGCCUGUUGUUGACGGUGCGCAUCCCCCCGACGUGGGCCGAAGGGGCUUCCCGCCUGCGCCCCUAUCGACGCCACAUUCUGAAUUGCAUCUCCCUCCUGGUCGUUCCAUUCAAGAUCGGCUUUGCCUGUAUCUUCUUCUACGCCAUGGCCAGUUCCUCCACCUCCGAGGAUGGCGUGAUGACGGCUGUUACGGUGAUCCUCUUUUUCUUUGUAGUCGGCAUCAUCAACUCCGAAAAUGAUCGUCUCAUCCGGAAGCAGUGGUGGAUCAGCCUGACCGUGCGCACCCGGACCGAGCAGCUGCAACGCGUGCGCGACCGGUCCGAGGCCCUGCUGUACUAUCUCCUGCCGGGAUUCGUCAUCAACCGCCUGAUGAAAACCCCGGAUUUCCGCAGCCUCGCCGAGUCCUUCGACAAUGUGGCCAUCGUCUUUUUCAGCCUCCCCAGCCGGCUGAUGGGGGACGAGCUGUCCGACGAGGACUCCUUGGAGAUUCUCAUCCGGCUGUCGCGCUGCUUCGACCAGCUGGUGCACUAUUAUGGCGUGCUGAAGAUCAAGGCCGGCGGGGAGAGCUUCCUGGCGAUUGCCGGCGGGCCGGCCGUGUACACCUGCAAUCGGCCCUUCCCGCCGCUGCCACUGAGCCUCUACGCCAGUGGCGUCCAUGGGAGCUGGACCUCCCUGAAGACCAUGCGUCACAUUGCCCGGGUGUUGGUCCUGGCCCAGCAGCGGUACAUCGAAACCGAGGAUCCGGCUCAGGCCAACUGCUGGGACUCGCCUGGCCGUCCGGCGCCAUACCGACGCCUGACGAGACAUUCCUUGGUCCCGGCGGGCCAAGAUGGCGAGUUCCCCGGCCCCAUGCUGGGCCGAGAUGUGCCCCCGGCCAGGCCGGUGGCCGGAGCCGGCCCCGCCAUGGAUCCUGCCGGUGCUGCGAGCGGGGUCCUGCCCUCGGCCAUCUGCCCGAAUGGCUGGGACCCGGUGCUGUCGCCGCCGCCGCCGCCGACGUCCACCUUCCUCCACCGGGUCCCGGGGGCUGGGAUGCCGGUGGCGGGCGACACCGUGCACGCCCCCCAGCCAGGCCCGGCAGGGCCUGGCAGCAGCACGCCCAGGGAUGAUGCCAUCAAUAUGGUAAAUACGUCGCACUUUUCCGGGCAACUUGGAGCCAAGAGCCCCCCGCGGGGGACGAUAGGCAUUGAUGAUGCCGCCAGCUCCCUCUUGCUGCGAUCCAUGGCCGGGGAUGUGAAGGUCCCGCGGCAUGCCUGGCUACGCCAGGCCAGGCAGGCCGGCUGCGACCGGUCUAACAAGCUGGCCGGCAGUCCGGCCGGCGGAUCGACCCCCCGGGCAGGCCGGCUGGCGGAGUCGCGGCCCGGCAGCGCUUCGGCCACGCGGCCCCCGCGAGAUGUGGCCUCCGAGGACUUCAACCGCGCGCACAUCGUGCUCCCGGAGAGGGUGGUCGCCGGCGAGCCGGCCGGCGAAAGCCUCGUCGACAGCCUGCUGUAUGAGACCCUGGACCGGGACAAGAGCCAGAACUUCCGGGUCUGGCGCAACAUCCGCCACUCGAUCAAGCGCAUGUCGCCGCAAAUCGAAUAUCAUCAACGCCAGCCGGUGCCGCGACCAUCGUUGGCCACCGUGUCGCCGCGCAUGGCCAACUUGCGCGACGCCCGCAUGCGCUCCCUCGGCAAGGGCGGCCGGCAGCGGGGCAAGGCCCCGGGCGGCAGGGAGCCCGGCCAGCCGGCCGGCCAAAGGCCCCAGCCGGUGGCCGAUGGCCUGGACAUCGGGGCCGCCAUCGAGUACCAGUGCCCGGCUCUUCUGCCGGCCGACCAGCGGCUGGCCCUUUCGCCCGCCAUCAACCAGGGGGGCCUGGCGUGGGACGACGAUGGGAUCGACCUUGCCCCGAAGGGCCCGAGGCUGGGCAGCGUGGAUUGGCGCCUGUUACAGCCGUCCCGGUCGGACGGCGGCGGCCAUGCAGCCCGGCGGGACUUGCGGGCGACGGGCCACGAGAGUGGGUCGCUCGCAGGGCCGGGGGGCUUCCGGUCGCCGCGAAGCGCCGACAUCGAGGCCCUCGUGGAGGCCGACAGCCCGGACCUCGAGCGGGCCUUCGAGCUGGACGCCGGCGAGGACGACCUCGAGGACUUGGACAUGGAGGACGGGUCCUUCCUGGUUGAGGAGUGGGAGGAGCUGGCCCGGUUGAAUGACGGCCUGACGACCCAGGCCCCGAGCCAGCGCCGGCCCAUGCACAUAGACUUCAUGGGCUUGGACCUGUCGCGAGCCGCGCAAAUCGGCGACAAUCUCAAUGCCCUGUCCUCGAAUGAGCACCUUUUCGAUGCGGACGGCAACUUCCACCUCUGCCUGCCGACCGUGCACGAGCCCGGCACCGGCAAGUCCGAGGCGUGGAAUCACCACUGGGACCGUGAGGCCGAGGAGCUGAUGCACCACGGCGCCCGCUACUGGCCGACCCACGGGGCCCAGGCGGCCGGCGGCCCGGGGGCAGGCGAGCCCGGGCGCUUCCUGGCCGAGCCGACCAUGGAGUCCCCCUUCGCCGGGUCGAUGCUGAGCGACCCGCUGUCGCGCUUGCUACUCCUGUCGAUCCACGUGCAAAACCUGGGCGUUGCCAUUGGGAGCUCCUUCGACAAGGACCUGCGCAUCCGCGCCGGCGUCAAUGCCGGUGCCCCGAGCUUGCCGCCUUUUCGCCGCUGUCGCAUUGGCACUGACCAUUUGUCUGGCCUCCUGGGCCCGCGCCGGUCCGCGUCCCGUGCGCCGCCCUGCUGCAUGGCGCCGCCGGUCAUCCCGGCAGUCGGCCCGGUGGUUGCCGGGGUCAUUGGCACCGACAAGUUCCUGUACGAUGUCUGGGGCGACAGUGUGAAUCUGGCCUCGCGCAUGGACAGCACCAGCCUGGGCGGGCGCAUCCAGGUGACCCGGACCGUGGUCAACCAGGCCGACUCGUCCUUUGUCUUCGAGCGGCGCGGGUCCAUCAUGAUCAAGGGCAAGGGGCCGAUGACGACCUACUUCCUCCGGAGCUUGCGCCUGUCCAGCACGGGGGGCCUUUCCGGAGGCCGGGCCCAGGGGCCCAGCGCGCGCCACUCGACGGCCAACUCCUCCGCGGUGACGCUGGUGGCGUCGGAUUCGACAUUGGUGGCUGCGGACCCAACCGAGGGGUCGGCCUCGGGGGCGGACUCGCCGGGGGCGCGGCCGGCCAGCAAGAAGCACAAGAAGAAGACCCUGAUCGCCGGCGGGGCAUUUGAUGGGGCCGGGCCGGGGGGUCCCUUGAGCCCGGGCCUGGCGCCCGGGUCGCCCGCCAUCCGGGACAGCCCCUCGGAAUUUUGGCUCGGCCAUGACAUGUCUGGGCUGUACACGCGCCCCGCCUCGCCGGACCUGAUGGCGGUCAUGUCGGCCGGCGGCGGUCGGUCGGACUCCGAGGCCCCGAGCUCGCCCUUCUCGGCGGGAGCCCCGGGCGAUGGUGCCCUGCCGGCCACCCCCCUGUACAAGGAGCCGUGUACCUGCCCGGUGCCGGGGGACUCGCCGGAGGCCGAGCACCUCCGCCAGCACCCGCCGACCGAGGUGGAGUUGCUGAGCGCCGCGAGGGGGGCGGCCUUGCCGGCGGCCGGGAGCGCGGCCCUGGCGUGCGGCCCCGGCGACGAGUCGACUCAGCGGUCGCCACGGGCUCGGGACCCGGGCCCGGGGCCGAGUGUGGCGCUGCCGCCGGCGCCGCCCGGCGCAAGGGACCCCGGCCGGUUGGCCGGCCGGAUGCAUGCCCCGGAGCCGGAUGGCCCCUGCCUGGCCGAGCCGGCUUCCGAGUCCCUGAGCACCCCGAGGACGACCUCCUUCGGGGACCUGCCGUGUGGCCGGCUGCCAAGCGAUGACAUUCGGCCAGCCACUCUCGGGGCCACGGGGGCCGAUGUGGCGCGGGACCGGCAGCGCUCGACCCUGGCCGCGGCCGGGGCCACCGGCACGGCCGACUCAUCGGCCCACGGCCUCGGGCUUGGGAGCGUCUACUUCCCGGGCUUCCGGCCCUGGCGCCGGCACAGCCUCGGAGGCGACCACGACCCGGCGCACCAGGAGGCCGAGCGCUUCCACAUGCAGGGGUCCCGCCGGGGCCCGAUGCAGCUGCCCUUCCACUUCAGUGUGCCUGCCUUGGCGCUCAAUCUGGAGGGCACCCAGUUCCGGGAGGGCGGCAGUGCGUCGAAUUCCCUCUCGGCGUCGGCCAGCAUGCCGCUGCAUUCGUCGGCCACCCUGCGCACGAUCCUGCGCACGCUGGACAUGGGCCCCAUUGGCCGGGGAGGGCCCGGCGGCACGACGCCACCCGCCGGCAGCCAGCCUCCCCCCGCAGACCCGGGCCACGGGGGCCCCCGGCCAGCCGCCGCCGCCGCCGCCGCCGCCGCCGCCGCCGCCGCCGCCGCGGAGGUCGUCCAACACCCGGCCCCUUGCCGGGCACACGGGGCCUACCACUCGGACAGCCGGCCCUUGUCCUAG